AUGCAAAUUCAAUUAAGUGAUCAAUAUUCAUCAGCAGAAAUCUAUGAAGCACAUGAUGAAAUCUUUAAAUUACAAUAUAAUUUAAAUAAAAUCGAAGAAUUAUAUCAUACUUUACAUUCAACUUUAGAUAGUCAAAAUACAUAUAUUGAACAAAUUGAUACAUCUAUAUACCAAACACAAACAAAUUUAGAAAAAAGUGAUUUUGAUUUAUACGAAAUUUUAGAAUUAAGAAGAAAAAAAGAUAAACGUCGAUGCUUUAUUAUUAUAUUUAUAUGUACAAUUGCUUGCUUUUUUCUUCUUAUUGUUAUUAGUGUUCUUAUUAAUGUUAUCAAAACAUUUGGAUUUAAAUUAAAUAAUGAUAGAUAA